AUGAUGUUCAUAAUACUCACCGCCGUGUCGUUCCUCUACAUCUCUUAUAUCUUCUUGUCAGCCAUCAAAACCAUCUUCUUCCACCCAUUAAGCCACAUCCCCGGACCAAAGUCAUGGAUUGCAUUUCCACUCCUCCAGCACCUUUCAGCCAUCCGCGGAAGACUAGACCUAGACCUUCGCUACUGGCAUGAAAGAUACGGCCAAGUGGUACCCUUCGGCCCGGAUGAGGUAUCCUUCAUCACCGCAGAAGCCUGGAAGGAUAUCUACGGACAUGGCCACCGCCAGCUACCAAAAGUGCAAAUCUUCACCAACAGCGGCAGGGACAUCAUCAGCGCCAACGACGUUGACCAUGCUCGCUUCCGAAGGCCUGCAGCCACAGGAGGGUUCGCGGAGUCGGGAACGGCGGCGGAUAUGGGCAAGUGGUAUAAUCUGACGACGUUCGACUUGAUCGGGGACCUUGCGUUCGGCGAGCCGUUUGAGGGACUGGAUAUCUCGGAGUAUCAUCACUGGGUAGCGACUAUGUCUGGGUUUAUAAAGGCGAUUCCGUUUCUCCGAAUGAUGAAUCAGUAUCCGGUGUUGUUCAAAGUGCUUCUCGCAUUCGUGCCGGGCUCGUUCAUGGAGGCGAGGAGCAAGCAGGUCGAGCACGCGAAGGCGACUGUGCGUAAACGACUGAAUAACCCGGCGGUACAAGGCCGCGGGGACUUUAUGGACUUGAUGCUGCGUCAUGGCGGUGAUGAGGAAGGGUUGAGUCUGGAGGAACUCGAGGCAGACGCGAAUAUCCUGAUUCUGGCGGGGAGUAAGACCACUGCUGCGCUGUUGUCUGGCGUUACAGCGGCUUUUGCGUCGGAGACGGAUAUCACAUUCAACCAGGUCACGGCAAAAUUACCAUACAUGCUGGCGUGCCUGAACGAAGCCUUUCGGAUGUAUCCUCCUGUGCCGGGAGGUGUCCAGCGUUGGACAGAAGCGCCCACCUGGAUCUCGGGCUACCACAUUCCCCCAAACACCAAGGUUCCUGGCCACCAGUCUGCCGCGUACUCGUCUCCGAGAAAUUUCCACCAAGCGGACCAAAUUCAUCCCUGGACGAUGGCUACCAGCGGCUAUCGAUGA